GCCGCGACGAUCACCACCCAAGCCUGUGUGACGCACGGUGGUGGUGAGCAGGCAAGUCAAUGCCAGGUGCCACAUGUGGAUUUCGAUGUGAGCGGCCUUCCAUGUACAGACAACUCUCGGGCAAAGAGGGGCAGAGAGCUUGAAGAAGGCCCAACAGGACCGCUUUUUGCAAUUUGGGCAUUGAGGUAUCGCCGCUACAGGAUUCCUCUGGGCAUUCUGGAGAACACACCAGAUCUGCGCGUGGAUGUAAUACAUUCAUUGCUGGGAGACCUGUACAAUUUACACCCCAUUCUGGUUGAUAUGGACCACUGUGGGCAUGGUGGCGCCAGUCGCAAGCGCAUCUAUGUGAUUGUGGUGGCCUCCAAGACCCAGACCAAAUGCUUGGUUGACCCUAUCACACUCUAUAGGGCGUUGGUUGAGGAACUACACCAACGGCAAACUAGCUUGGAUUGCACCACCGCACCAGGGGACUACCUCACUGCAGACCCAAUGGAGAUCCAGCUUGAUGCAAUGGAAGUGGCCCGCUCUAGUGGCAAGGAGUUCAGGUCAAAUUGCAAGAGCCUUGACUACCUCCUGACUGAAAGGGAGGCAAAGGUGGUUGCAGAGCUUUCCCAUGAGUACCAAUCAAGGUAUCAACGUGACCCACAGACUGAUGAACAUCUUUGCGUGCUCUUGGGAGACAAUCCCCAGUGGGCUCGGACAUGGUCGGCUGUGAGUGGCAAAGUUCCAACAUUUCGCCGCAAUGCUGCUGGAAAGUUCUGGUACCCUGCACACCAAAGAUUUUUGACCAGCUGUGAGAAGCACCUCGCCAGUUGUAGUUGUUUUUAA